GGGAGGGAGAGAGGCUGACUCAGUGUGUGUUGGUGUGUGUAGAUGUGAGUGUACGGCGAAGAAGUCAGCCGCUGGAGGACUUUUCUCCGCGAAUAAAACUACUUAUCUGUGUGAACAAAGCCGACAACGAGGACAGGACGAGGAGGACUAAUGCGAAAAUGCGAGAAGAAAUCCAGGAAGAGAGUGUCUGCUUAUUAAAAAUUCAGCGCGGGAGAACAGACAUUAUCGCCCCUUCGGAGGACUUGUGGCAGCACUGAGGAGAAACUACAGCACUAACGGGCUACAAACCUCGUUGAAUGGGGUGAAACGAAGCGGAAUCUCCUAAAAGGCGAGUCCAAAGCAUUUCCAAGCGGCCAAAAAACCAAAAGGGAAGGGGAGGAGAGGGGGGCAAAGAAAACGCCCUGCUGCCGCUGCCUGUUGCUGCUGUCUCCACAUUCAAACUUUAUCGCCGAGUUGGAAAAAAUGCAUCUUUCAGUCAGCGGGAGGUGAUCCUUCAGUGUAACGUUAUCUUUAUUAGCUCAGAGCCACACUGCUAGCCUAACUCAAAGGCCCGCUCUCUCGGCAAGUUUUGGGAAGCGGGUGGGUGGUGGUGGUGUUGGGGGGGGAGUCUCUCUUUGCUUUGGGAAUAUUUUUCUCUUCAUUGUGCACAGUAUUCCUGUUGGAAGCGAUUUGGGUGGGCUGAGAGCCCAAGGCUGCUCCGCUAGGCCCACGGCCAUUAGCCAGGAACAAAGAGGUUUCACAUGUAAACUCAGAAACUGUUCGGGACAACCUCUUAAUAUUUUACCCAACUUUGACCGAGCCGACGCUGCAGUCAUGUCGCUGGGCGCCGAGAGGAGGAUGGAAACCCGGCUCAAGAAGCUGGAGGACAUGAUCAGAGAUCCCAGAUCUGCCAUAAACCUGGAAAGUUUGCUGGACUCCAUAAAUGCCCUGGUCUUAGACUUGGACUACCCCGCACUACGCAAGAACAAAAACAUCGAAACCUUCUUAAACAGAUAUGAGAAAGUCAUUGGACAGACUCGAGACCUUCAGAUGAAGUCUGAAGACUUUGACAGAGUUAAAGUCAUCGGUCGAGGGGCAUUUGGUGAAGUCCAACUGGUCCGGCAUAAAGCCUCUCAGAAGGUUUACGCCAUGAAGCUACUGAGCAAGUUUGAGAUGAUCAAGCGCUCGGACUCUGCUUUCUUCUGGGAAGAGAGGGAUAUCAUGGCCUUUUCCAACAGUCCCUGGGUCGUGCAGUUGUGCUGUGCCUUCCAAGAUGAGCACUACCUCUACAUGGUGAUGGAAUACAUGCCAGGAGGUGACCUGGUCAACCUCACCAGCACCUACGAUGUGCCGGAGAAAUGGGCCAAGUUCUACACAGCAGAGGUGGUGAUGGCCCUGGAUGCCAUUCACUCCAUGGGCUUCAUCCAUCGGGACGUCAAGCCGGACAACAUGCUGCUGGACAGACUGGGACACCUCAAGCUGGCCGACUUCGGCACGUGCAUGAAGAUGGACUCUACCGGCAUGGUGCACUGUGACACAGCUGUCGGGACCCCAGACUACAUCUCUCCUGAGGUGCUGAAAUCCCAGGGAGGAGAUGGGUAUUAUGGGAGAGAAUGUGACUGGUGGUCCGUAGGGGUCUUCAUCUUCGAGAUGCUUGUCGGUGACACGCCGUUCUACGCCGACUCUCUUGUGGGAACCUACAGUAAGAUCAUGGACCAUAAAAACUCCCUCAACUUCCCCGAUGACGUGGAGAUCUCCAAAGAUGCCAAGAAUAUCAUCUGUGCCUUCCUGACGGACAGGGAGGUGCGAUUGGGCAGAAACGGCGUGGAGGAAAUCAAGCGACACCCUUUCUUCAAGAACGACCAGUGGACCUUCGACACCAUCAGAGACACGGUUGCCCCCGUGGUCCCAGAGCUGAGCAGCGACAUAGACACCAGUAAUUUUGAUGAGAUUGAAGAUGACAAAGGCGAUGUAGAAACUUUCCCCACGCCUAAGGCCUUUGUUGGAAAUCAGUUACCCUUUGUUGGCUUCACUUACUUCAAAGAAGACCAGUUACUAAAUGCUUCCAACAAUAUCUCAGUGACUCGUGAGAAUUCAAAAGGAGAGUCAGCAGCUCUGCAGAAGAAACUGCGCCACCUGGAGGUGCAGCUGAAAAAUGAGAAGCAGGUCAAAGAUGAUAUAGAGCACAAAUACAGAGCUACCACUAGCCGUCUAGACAAAAUCAACAAAGAACUUGAGGAAGAGGUGAGUAGCAGAAAGAAUCUGGAGUCGAGUCUGAGGCAGCUAGAGAGAGAGAAAGCCCUGCUGCAGCACAAGAGCCUGGAGAGCCACCGCAAGGCCGAGAGCGAGGCCGACAGGAAGCGAUGCCUGGAGAACGAAGUCAACGGCCUUCGAGACCAACUCGAUGACAUGAAGAAAAGAAACCAGAAUUCCCACAUUUCCAAUGAGAAGAACAUUCACCUGCAGAAACAGCUGGAAGAAGCCAAUACGUUGCUGCGGGCCGAGUCUGAGGCGGCGACGAGGCUCCGUAAAACCCAGACGGAGUCCAGCAAGCAGCUGCAGCAGCUGGAGGCCAACGUACGCGAGCUGCAGGACAAGUGCUGCAUGCUGGAACGCAGCAAGCUGAGCCUGGAGAAGGAAUGCAUCAGCCUGCAGGCCGCGCUGGAGACAGAGAGGAGGGAGCACAGCCAGGGCUCAGAGACCAUCAGCGACCUGAUGGGACGUAUCUCCAGCCUGGAGGAGGAGGCACGUCAGCAGAAACAGGCUCUGUCCAAAACGGAGACUGAGAAGAGACAGCUUCAGGAAAAACACACUGAUCUGGAGAAGGAGAUGAGCAACAAGGAGAUUGAUUUGACCUACAAGCUGAAGGUUCUGCAGCAGGAGCUGGAGCAGGAGGAGGCCUCUCAUAAGGCCACCAGAGCACUGCUGGCUGACAAGAGCAAGAUCAAAGUAACCAUCGAGGGCGCCAAGUCAGAGUCCAUGAAGGAGAUGGAGCAGAAGCUGGCGGAGGAGCGAGCAGCCAAACUUCGGUUAGAGAACCGAAUACUGGAGCUGGAGAAACACAGCAGCAUGAUGGACUGUGACUAUAAACAGGCUCUGCAGAAACUAGACGAGCUGCGCAGACACAAGGACCGACUAACUGAGGAGGUGAAGAACCUGACGCUGAAGAUCGAGCAGGAGACCCAGAAGCGUAACCUCACCCAGAACGACCUGAAGGCCCAGAACCAGCAGCUCAGCUCUCUGCGAACCUCCGAAAAGCAACUCAAGCAGGAAACUAAUCACCUACUGGACAUUAAACGCAGCCUGGAGAAACAGAACCAAGAGUUGCGCAAAGAAAGACAGGACACAGACGGGCAAAUGAAGGAAUUACAGGACCAGUUAGAAGCUGAACAGUAUUUCUCCACGCUGUAUAAGACCCAGGUUCGGGAACUAAAGGAGGAGUGUGAGGAGAGGAACAAACUCUACAAAGAUGCGCAGCAGUCUCUGCAGGAACUACAAGAGGAGAGGGACUCAUUGGCAGCUCAGCUUGAGAUCACAUUGACAAAGGCUGACUCAGAGCAGCUGGCGCGCUCCAUCGCUGAGGAGCAGUACUCAGAUCUGGAGAAGGAGAAGAUAAUGAAAGAGCUGGAACUGAAGGAGAUGAUGGCCCGCCAUCGUCAGGAGCUAGCUGAGAAGGACAUCACCAUCAGUUCGCUGGAGGAAGCCAAUAGGACCCUGACCAGUGAUGUUGCCAACCUAGCUAAUGAGAAGGAGGAGCUGAACAACAAACUAAAGGAGGCAUUAGAAGAAUCAGAAAAGUCAAAGGAUUGGGAGAACCAGAUCAGCCACAUGAAGCAGACAUUUGAGAAGCAGCUGCAGUCAGAGAGGACGCUGAAAACCCAGGCCGUCAAUAAGCUUGCAGAGAUCAUGAACAGAAAGGAGGUUCGUGGCGGAGGCAGUCGCCGUGGUAACGACACAGACAUGCGGCGGAAGGAGAAGGAGAACAGGAAGCUGCAGUUGGAGCUGAGGUCGGAGAAGGAAAAACUCAACAGCUCCAUCAUCAAAUACCAGAGAGAGAUCAAUGAAAUGCAGGCGCAACUGUCGGAAGAGAGCCAGAUGCGUAUUGAGCUGCAGAUGGCUCUGGACAGUAAGGACAGCGACAUCGAGCAGCUGAGGAACCUCCUGCAGUCGCUCAGCGUUCAAUCAAUGGACUCUGCCAGCGUCAGCAGUGGGCCAGAGUUUGAUGCUGAUGAUGCAUACACAGAAACGAGAUUGGAAGGAUGGCUUUCUCUCCCUGUUAGAAACAACACCAAGAAGUUUGGAUGGGAGAAAAAGUAUGUUGUAGUGAGCAGCAAGAAGAUUCUCUUCUACAACAACGAGCAAGACAAAGAGCAGUCCAUUCCUUACAUGGUCCUCGAUAUAGACAAACUCUUCCAUGUGAGGCCUGUCACUCAAACAGAUGUUUACCGUGCUGAUGCCAAAGAGAUUCCCAGGAUAUUCCAGAUCCUUUAUGCCAAUGAAGGCGAGAGCAAGAAGGAGCCAGAGUUUCCUGUGGAGCCGCUGGCCAUUGGAGAGAAAUCCAGCUACAUCUGCCACAAGGGCCACGAGUUCAUCCCCACUCUCUACCACUUCCCCACCAACUGUGAGGCGUGCACCAAGCCGCUGUGGAACAUGUUCAAGCCGCCGCCUGCUCUGGAGUGCCGACGCUGCCACAUCAAGUGCCACAAGGACCACAUGGACAAGAAGGAGGAGAUCAUCGUUCCAUGCAAAGUGAACUACGACGUGUCUACGGCCAAGAACCUGCUGCUACUGGCCAUAUCCCAGGAGGAGCAGCAGAAGUGGGUGAGCCGACUGGUCAAGAAGAUUCCCAAGAAGCCUCCACCACCAGAGCACUUUGCACGCUCCUCGCCACGCGCCUCCAUGAAGGUCCAGCCAAGCCAGUCCUUGAGGAGGCCCAGUCGACAGCUCCCCACAAGCAAGAGCAGAUUUGAGGACUUUGGUCUUCAGGACUGGCACUGGGCAUUGGAUGAUAUCGAUGAUGAUUGUUCCUCUAUUCAUUUCUGAUGACUGCAUAUGAUCAAAUGGCUUCCAAAUAAGGCGAGAAGAAUCCCACAGUGGAUACUGGUACAAUUGAUGACUUCUCCCCCCUUUGCCCAGACGUUUCCCUGUAAACCACUCAAUUCCUGAAUGUGUGUAUGUUUGAUUACAACCGAAAAGUGUCUUUUUGCACUGAAUGUUCAGACACACUCCUGGUUGUCAGUUUGUGGUGGGUUUGGUGGUGGGCUUUGUCCACAUAUGUUGGUCCCAGUGCAUGUGCUUGUUGGGGUUACUUAAAUCUGUGGGAAACAUUUGGCUGCCCACCUGAUAGCUUGGAUCACCUUGCCACUGGGUGCUGUAAAUGAAAGCAGAUACAUUGUCUUGUGGGUGAAUGUGUGUAUGUUGUUUCAUCAUUUAUUUAGGGGCUGAAGGUUAGGCAAAUAUCUGAUUAUAUCAUGAUGCACUGUUGUGCAAGUGAAAAUAUCUCCUCUGUAUUUUUUAAAUUGUUAUUUGCAAUAAAAUGACUUAACGUAAUAUAAAAUGGUAUAAUAUAUAAUUUUCCCUUUAACACCAGAUCCAAAUGUAUCUGUGAUUUUGGUAAAUCGCAGCAAAAUAUUUUUCAACUGUAAAAUGUCCCCUUCAGUAUAUAGCUCUAUUUGUACUAAGGUAAAUGAUGGGGGAAAACUUUUUAUUACAGCCAGAAACAGAACUUCUGUCAGACUCUAUAGACUCAAUCCAUAGAAUUGAUUUAGUAUUUAUGAAAAAAAAGAGGUCUGUGGGAUAAUUAUAAAGUUUGUGCACACCAUAAAGUCUUACUGACCAGGGGUGUACAUCUGGACUGAAGAAACCAAAGAAAUUCAUAAACUGUUCCUGGUAUAGGUCUGAAGGCCGAAAAAUGAUGAAAUAAGUGAGUACGAGUGCAGUUAGUAUUAUUUAAACGUUAUUUUCUGACACUAAUCUUGCAUCCAUUUCUCCUCUCUUCCAGUUAACCUUGCUUGGGAGUGUGGUGCAUCGUUGGGGUGUUUCCUUCUAAAUCAAAGACUGUAUACAAAGCUCCGUUUGCAGAUCAGCACACUGAACUCCACAUCACUUCUCCACAACCCACCCUGUCAUGCUUCAGCCUGUGAGAGUUACAAAGUCUGUAUUUCCCUUUUUGUUGAACUUCUUUCCCAGCAAAUUGAAGCGGUAACAACUAUCAAACUCAACCCGUGUGAUCCUUUCACCCAGCUGGAUGGCUUGUAAGCAUAUUAGCCGAAGUCUUCUCUCGGGCCCUUGACUAGAGCAAUUAUGUGUCUCUGGGGAGCUGGAGUAGCUUGUUCAGCUCCCACAGAACAGAAGAGAGCUCUUAAAAGCCCAACUAGGGCUGGCAAGAAGGGGAUACACUUACCUCAACACUUCUCACCAGGACACACUGUCUGAUUGAAGGACCUAACAGGACAACUCUUCCUCACCACCUUUGGGGACACUUGUGGCCAAAUAAAAAAGACAUUCUUGUGUUUAAUGAUGAACAAUAUGAAGGGUUUAAUGGGGAACACUACGCUCAGAAGAUGGUAAACUCUGUAGUUGGUUGGCUGAAUGCAGCUGAGGUUGUUGAACUUAAUCCCAGAUACAGUAUCUGUACUUUGGCUUACUCAAACCUUUUUAACAUAUUGAUUGUAGCUUCUUGCUUCCCACCAUUCUGCUUUCAGGUGCGCGUCCACACGGGUCACAGAAACUUGAAUAAGGUACUUAAGCAAAUGAACUGUGACUUCUAGGAAAGUCAACAAGGUGGGGAAGGAGUCUCAGAUUCCUCUAGGAUUUGAGGGAAUAAUUCCUUGAGCGCCUCUUAUUCAAAUUUCUGACUCAGGCACGCUUUGAAUCACCGGUUUGUCUUGUAUGACUACAGUAAUGGUUAUAAGUGAACUGAAUCCUGCUCUAAAUGGCAUUAGAUGAAGGCCCAGACAUGAGAUCCUCACAAUCCCAUAAUCUUUCAAACCUGCACUGUCAAUUAUGAGGGUUAAUGUUUACUGAAUUCAAGGGGUGCACCGUAAAUGCUUUUCUGAUCCGAGCUCGGCUCCUUUGUUUUUUUUUUUUUUUUGAAUGUACAUCUGGGCUUCACCAGAGAUGACACGCAGGCAUUGUAUUACUUCUAUCCAAAUAUACUUGACUGAAGCCCCCUUUCAUCACCAACUACUCUGAGUGAACUUGCAUGUGUUUGCCUUUUCAGGCCUCACACUUAAGUGCUGUCACCCACAGGCCUCCACCUAUUAGAAAUGUAGUUUUUAGUCAUUUCCUGACAGUAGAACAUGAGGGGAAUUGACCAAUACGAAGCAGAAACAAUGAAGGUAUGCAAUCAUAUCCCAUAAGUCAAAAUACUGAGCAGCACUAUUCCAUUGAACGUUUUUCUAAAAGUGUUUGUCCUGAUAUUUUUGUAUUAAAAGUAACCAAACUCUGA